AUGGCCCCAGUGAGCGAUCAGUCAUCGAGAUGCAGGAAAGACCGCGAUAACAGGGAACGGGCCCGACAAUGGCUGACCAAAGGUGGUUUACUUCGUGACGACUCGGACGACGAACUCGGAUAUGAAGACCACCCAUGGGAAUGGAUUUAUGAGGAUGAAAAUAACGAACCCGAAGGCUCUACAGAAAAAGAUGGAGAGGCGCUGUCCAGUCGAAGACGGUCGUUGCGAAAACCAGCUCCGAGAAAGAUCAUCGGGGCACGCAUGGGCUCCUUUGAGUGUAGAUUGGGUCAGGUGGUGCUGUUAAAAUCUCCAGAGGCUGGUAAAGACUGGGUCGGCAUUAUAGCUGAGUUCCUGGAGGAGGAAGAUGAGGAGAACGAAGGGGAGAUGGUCAAGUCAGCCAACAUCAUGUGGUUUGCAUCGCCCGACGAGUUUCUGUCAACGAAAAACAAGAAAAGAUCGGAUGCAUUGUUCAAUGAACAAUAUAUUACGACCGACUUUAAUGUGAAUCCUCUCACCUCGAUUAACGGCAAGGCCAACGUCAUGUCUAAGGAUGCGUUCUUCGCCAAAUAUCCGAACGGGGCCCCUCCUAAAGGCAAGGCAGCACUUGCAGAAUACAAGAAAUGCAUCGUCUGCCGAAGAGGUGUAAACCAACUCCAGGGGAAAUAUACAGAUGAAUUUAUCUGGGAGGAUGUGUACAAAGGGGAUGAACAAAGUGUUUUUAGGUUAAUUGAACUGGUCAAGGAGGGCCUGAAAUCGGCCAAAAGGCGCAAGCCUGUGGAUGAGGAUGUUACUAAUUUGGAUCUAUGUAUAAACGGUUUGAAUUGCCCACUUCUCAAUGAUGGAAGCUCGAAGACUAACCGUGUCUACCUUUUUAGUAUUGUGGUCAAGAAGCCUCUCGAAUUCACGCCUCUGGGUACUCGUAUGCUUUCACCCUCGCAUUUUACUUCCUCGCCAUAUCGCCAAGCGCGAGCUUUGUUGCAUGUCUCCAGCGUGCCUGCAUCACUUCCUUGCCGCAGUGCUGAAUUUGAGACUGUCUACUCUCAUCUCAGCGCCGCUAUUACCGAAGGAACUGGGACCUGUAUCUACAUUUCUGGAACGCCAGGCACCGGCAAAACAGCGACCGUUAGGGAAGUGGUGGCUCAGCUUAAUAAUGCUGUGCUUGCAGAAGAGAUGGAUGAUUUCAUCUUUGUUGAGAUCAACGGAAUGAAGGUUACCGAUCCUCAUCAGGCUUAUUCUUUGCUCUGGGAAGCAUUAAAGGGAGACCGUGUGUCGCCGUCUCAUGCCCUCGAUCUCUUGGAGAGAGAAUUCUCACACCCUUCACCACGUCGAGUACCAUGUGUGGUAUUGAUGGAUGAACUCGAUCAACUGGUCACAAAAAAUCAGUCGGUCAUGUACAAUUUCUUCAACUGGCCUGCACUUCGGCAUUCACGUCUCAUUGUCCUCGCGGUUGCGAAUACGAUGGAUCUCCCUGAGCGGACCCUCAGCAAUAAGAUCUCCAGCAGACUUGGCCUCACUCGUAUCACGUUCCCCGGCUACAAGCACACUGAUCUCAUGGAGAUCAUUUCUUCUCGACUGGCCAAUGUCCCUGGUAAUAUUGUCGACCCUGACGCCAUUCAGUUUGCGAGCAGAAAGGUCGCAGCUGUUAGCGGAGAUGCUCGACGAGCGCUCGACAUAUGUCGUCGAGCUGUUGAGAUUGCAGAGCAAGAAUACGAGUCAGCUAUUGCCAAGGGUUCCAAGUCGAACAACAUGGACAUAGACGAUACCGAUUCUCUACCCCCAACACCGAGCAAGACCGGCGCACGCCGGGCCCCGAAGCAGAAACAGGAGCCAUUAAAGUCUGAAUCUACGCAGACACAGGAGCCUCGCCAGUUGCCACGCGUCACGAUCGCGACCAUCAAGCAGGCCAUCCAAGAAGCUACUUCUACCCCUCUUCAGCAAUCUCUUCGCUGCCUCCCUUUGUCAGGCAAACUCUUUCUUGCCGCUCUUCUAGCCCGUGUUCGCCGCACUGGUGUCUCUGAAUCCACAAUGGGAGAUGUUCUCGACGAGGCAAAGAGAAUAGCUGAUGCAGCUGUGGCGGUCGCAGGCGUUGCGGGUGCGGGCAUCAAGGAGUUCCUCCUUGGCAGCAACCCCGGUGCCAGAGUAAAAGCCAUGGGUUUUGCCGCCAUGGAGCUCAUGAACGCCGGCGUCGUGGCACUCGAGACAGGAAUGGGUGCCAAGGGGAUGCUAGGGUUGAGCAGAGGGGAUAGAAGCGGUAAAAUACGACUCCGAGUCGCAGCGGAGGAUGUGAAGGCCGCAUUUCGGGAUGAUCUCGAGGCGAAGGGGCUUGGAUUAGGCUUCGAUUAA